UUGAUUUUUUUAGACUGUUAAUAUUUAUAUUUUAAUAUUACAAUUUAGAAAUGUUAGACUUUUAAUCAGUUUUUAUGAGAAUAACUAGCUACAGGUAAAGCAUUGGCAUAAACGCUAACGUGUUUGCCUGGCUAUCUAGAUUAUGACUUGCAUUUGAUAUUCCGAGUCUGUCUUCAUACUGUAAACGUGGAAUACGCUGUGUGGAUGUCACUGACAAUUACAGACGUGUCAAACAAGAAGCAUGUAAAUCCUACUUAAGUUUCUGUAACUCUUAGAGUUCUGAUUCGAAUGUGUGUUUGUGCUUUUCUACUUAGGCAAGGCAAGUUUAUUUAUAUAGGUGACAUGUAUUUGUGACAGACAGAUAGUUUAGUUAAUUAAGGCUAUCAGAUCGCCUUUAUAAUUACAGCACAGUCAGUUUGAUCCAGAGAUUGAAGGAGGGUAAGAAGAGAGAAAAUGCCAGCUCGGAACACUGUAACGGGUGGGCUGUCCAGCAGCAAAGUGAGAUACUCCAGAUUAGCCAGUGAUGAUGACGGCUACAUUGACCUUCAGUUCAAGAAAAGCCCACCCAAGGUCCCAUAUAAGGCAAUCACCCUGGCUGCUGUUCUUUUUCUCAUUGGCUCAAUUUUAAUCACUGUUGGAGCUCUGCUCUUAGCAGGAUACUUUGAAGUUCAAGAUCAUCGUGAGCGCACUAUACCAGUCCUCAUCAUUGGAAUUCUAGUCUUCAUCCCAGGAUUCUACCACUUGCGGAUUGCAUACUAUGCCUAUAAAGGUUACCAUGGCUACUCUUACGAUGACAUCCCAGACUUUGAUGACUAAGUAACAUGGAACAAUGUUUGACCAAUGUUUGUAACUGAUGUCUGAAAAAGAGGUUUCCUCCUGUAUCUGAUUUUCAUAUUGCAUCUGGAACAAGGCUUGUAAGUUGAGCCUCAAGAAUCCAAUAUAUGGAUUUAUAGUCUAUAUUUCAGAAAUGGAAAAAUGUUUGUAGCAUUUGUGAUGCUAUACUGAAAUAUUGUCUUUUGUCCUGAAUAAAUUGAGGCAAGAGGAAGCAAGCUAUUUGAAAUGAAUAGAUAUUUGUCUGUUCAACUUUUUACUAUUGUGUGUUUGGUGUGCUAGUACUGUAGAAUAUGUUCUUAUAGGGAACAGAAUCCUGUCAUCAUUCCUGUUCCAGACAGCUGUCUGUUAGAUCAGACUGGUUUAAAAUCAGUUGAAGAGCAAUAUAUCAUGACCAGACCCUCCUAUGACUGAUUUCCUGCUGAGUCGUUAGUACUGCAUUCCAUCACUUUUUAUUACCAUGUAAUAAGUGUUUUGAUCUGAUUAAAAUGCUGACAACCGUG